AUGGCGAAGAACAGAAGCAAGAAGAAGCGAAGCGAUGACGUCUCGAUGGACAUAUCCGAACCAACCGUCUCCUAUGGCGCCCAACCUAUGGACACUUCGGAAUUCGGAGCUAAUUCUUCAGCCGCCGGUUCUUUAAACAGGAAAGUGAAGAAAGGAAGGCCAAUGAAAAGAUCAAAGAAUGCAAGGAAGAUGAAGGCCGUAGCUAAAGCCAUCUCCCAGAAUGAGAAGGUCGCAGAGAAGGUCUCCAAGAAUGAGGGUAAAUCAGUGAGAACCCAGUCUGCAAAAACACUCUACGACUGA